AUGGAUGUGGGGCCAUUUUGUCUCGUCCCUUCCGUUCUACUCCUUGUCGUGCCCUUCUGGCUCAUUCUAUCAUACAUCGAAACCUUUCGCUCCCGCAGCAAGCUCAUUCGCAAGCAUGAGUGCCAUCCGCCCCUAGCUUAUCCACAAAGAGGCCCGCUUGGACUUUCCGAGAUUCGCGAAUCAACAAAAGCUUUCCACGCUCGCACUUUCCUUGAGUGGACCUGCUCGCAAUACAAACUUCACGGCAAUACGUUCGCCUCAAGCUACCUGAGGCAGACGAUAAUCCACACAAUCGAGCCCAAAAACAUCAAAGCUGUCCUGGGAACGAACUUCCACCAUUAUGGAAUUGGAUGGCGGAAGAAGUAUGCUUUCAAGCCUCUAUUUGGAAACAGCUUGUUCCAGCUCGAUGGUAGAGCUUGGGAUAGAUCUCGCGCCGCGCUUAAGGCCGCGUUCAAUCAUGCUAGGGUUACAGAGUUCGCGGCGACGGAAGAAGAAGUCGAUCCUUUUCUAGACAAGCUCAGGACGGAGUCUACUACGCAGCCCUUACUGGACCUGGCUCCUGAGGGCUACCAGGACCACGAUGGGGCGGAAGAAGGGUUUCUGGAAGCGAUGAAACGCGCAGGUGCAGGUUGCGAGAAACGCUGGCAGCUCGGACUGUUCAGCCUGCUCGUCCCGCAAGAGAGCUUCCAUUCAGAUGUUGCACGGGUCCACCGCUACAUGGAAAAGCGUGUCGACGAUGUUCUCGCAAGUGCGAGCGAUACCAACGGGAGCAAACGCCUUGACUUCCUUGCUUGCUUAGCGCAGCAUACGACCGACUGGAACCAGCUCCGAGACGAAGCUUGCGUGCUCUUCAUUGCGGCUGCGGAUACUUUAGCAUCUCUCCUCAUCAACAUAAUUUUCUUGGUCGGAAAAUACCCUUCGGUUUGGGCCAGGCUACGAAUGGAAAUCGAGCCCUUGGGCGGACAGAGCCCAUCCCCCAAGGACUUGAAGCAGUUGAAGUACCAUGGGUACUGCGUUCGCGAAGCUCUGCGUCUGCUUCCCGUCCUUCCAAACAACUCUCGAGAGGCCUCCUAG